AUGGACAAGGGCAUUGCCAAAUCACGCGAGUGUAACUACAAAUAGUAAUGACUUUGUUUCUCAGAAGAGAAGACUGGCGACCGACCGUUGGCUGCGAGAACUUGGUGCUGUGGCGAUUGUCGGGGCGAUCUGACCGCGCCGCCGGUCCCUUCUCGUGGCUCUUCGCCGACCGCCGCUGCUGGGCUCUGGGAUGGCCGCUGGCGGGGUGCCGGAGGCGGCCGCUGCCGGAGGUCGCGGGUCGUCUCCCUUCCUCUCGCGGUCGUGGGCAGACUGGGCAGAAGAGGAGGAGGGGGAGGGUCAGGUGGAGUUGCCGGUGUCGCUGGCGCCGCCGCUCCUGGGCGAUUUCUGGGCUGCGGCCUGGCCUGCUCGUCGGUGGGGACAGCCGUCGUCGCGUAGGGGCCGCGUGCCUGCCCGACCUCCCCUGCGUCGUCCGGCCGUGGUGGCUGUUCCCGCUCCCGCCGCGCCUCGGCCCGCCGCGCCUCCCGGGUUAUCCCCCGUGGUGGCGCCUGUAGCCCCGGCCGGCGUUGUGCCGCGCGCGGCUGCGGCUGGUGACUGCCCCGGCGUGGGUGGUCCGCCGUUGCUUGCGGUGCCGGCGGCGUGUGUGUCGUGGUCGGGCCCCGCGCGGGCGGCGCGGAUGAGGGGAUUGGCUGCCCCUUGCGCCGCGGAGGGGACGACUGGCACCUGGGCCGGCUGUCGACCUAAUGGGCCGCGGACGGGUGGGCUGGACGGCAUUUCGGCCCAGGAGGUGGCUGAGGCUGCUCGUCGGGCCCGGGAGGUGGUGGGCUCAAUUAACCGGGCCUGGGGCCUGGCCCACGCGGACCCCGCCCGUUGGAUUUGGGUCCAACGUGGUGGAUCCGGCCCGUGGGCGGGUUGACCUGCUACGCGAAGUGAGCGCUGGCAUCCGCUCGCUGGGCCGAGGAAUCGUGAUCGCCUUCAGCUUUUCCUGGACGCCCUGGUGUAUAUCGCGCGUCGGCUCUCCGACCCCUCGCCGGUCCUGUAGCUUGCCCCUGGUGGCCUUUCUGUUUCUUCUUCUUUCAUUUGGGCGUCUUUGUGUUGUGGCCCCAGCAUUUCUCCUUUAUGAUUGUGUUUGAGUUGUGGUUGUGUGGAUGUAUACUUUAUCUAUAAAGCGGGGUGAAAGCCUAUUUCGAGAGAAGAGAAGACUACCCAUUUUUGAACA